GUUAAAAGAAACUGAAACUGUUCUGCUGUUGAGCUGUUGUUUGUGUCUGUAUUGCUGUAGACAGUGAAAUGGCUGAAGCCAGUGUUUUUUCAGUGGAGCAGUUCAGCUGUCCAGUGUGUCUGGAUCUCCUGAAGGAUCCUGUGACCAUUCACUGUGGACACAGUUACUGUAUGAGCUGCAUUACAGACUGCUGGGAUCAAGAGGAUCAGAAGAGAGUCUACAGCUGUCCUCAGUGCAGACAGACCUUCAGUCCCAGACCUGCUUUAGGUAAAAACACCAUGCUGGGUGAAGUGGUGGAGAAACUGAAGAAGACCAAACUAAAAGCUGCAGUUCCUGCUGGAUCUGGAGACGUGGAGUGUGACAUCUGUACUGGAAGAAAACACAAAGCUGUCAAGUCCUGUCUGGUGUGUCUGGAGUCUUACUGUCAAACUCACUUUGAGCGUCAUGAAGAGUUUCGUCCAGGAAAGAGACACAAAGUGACUGAUGCCACUGGACGACUGCAGCAGAUGAUCUGCCAGAAACAUGAGAAGCUUCUGGAGGUUUUCUGUCGUACUGACCAGCAAUGUGUUUGUGUACUUUGUAUGACAGAUGAACAUAAAAACCAUGAGACUGUGUCAACUGCAGCAGAGAGGGCAGAGAAAGAGAAACACUUGAAGGAGACACAGAGUGAAAUCCAGCAGAGAAUCCAGCAGAGACAGAAAGAUCUUGAGCAGCUGAGAGACGCUGUGGAGUCUCAUAAGCGCUCUGCACAGACAGCAGUGGAGGACAGUGAGAGGAUCUUUACUGAGCUCAUCCGCUCCAUUGAGAGAAGCCGCUCUGAGGUGACACAGCGGAUCAGAGAUCAGGAAAAGACUGCAGUGAGUCGAGCUGAAGGACAAAUGGAGCGACUGGAGCAAGAGAUUGAAGAUCUGAAGAAGAGAAACACUGAGCUGGAGCAGCUUUCACACACAGACGAUCACAUCCAUUUCCUGCAGAGUCUUCAGUCUCUCUCAGCUCCUCCUGAAUCUACAGAAAACAUCUCUAACAGUUUCCUCUCUUCUUUUGAUGGAGUGAGAGAAUCUGUCCGUCAGCUGAGACUCAAACUGGAGGAUUUCUGCAAAGAGGAGAUGAAAAACAUAUCUGUCAGUAACAUUGUUCCCAGGAGCAGAGAGGACUUCCUACAAUAUCGUCAUCAGUUCACUCUGGAUCCAAACACUGCACAUAAAUGUCUCUGUCUGUCUGAAGGGAACAGAUUGGUGACUCACACACCUCACACAGCUCAGCCGUAUCCUGAUCAUCCAGACAGAUUUGAUGGUUAUCGUCAGGUGUUGUGUAGAGAGAGUGUGAGUGGACGCUGUUACUGGGAGCUGGAGUGUUGUGGGAGUGGUGUGUAUAUAUCAGUGUCAUAUAAGAGCAUCAGCAGGAAGGGAUCUGGUAAGGAGUGUGUGUUUGGAUGUAAUGAUCAGUCCUGGAGACUGUACUGCUCUCCCUCCAAAUUAUCAUUCGGUCACAAUAACAAACAGACUGAACUCCCUGUUCCCUCCAGCUGCAGGAGAAUAGGAGUGUAUGUGGAUCACAGAGCAGGAACUCUGUCCUUCUACAGCGUCUCUGACUCAAUGAGCCUCAUCCACACAGUCCAGACCACAUUCACUCAGCCGCUAUAUCCUGGGUUUUAUGUAUGUGGUUCAGUCAAACUCUCUGAUCUGACAACAUAAAUACAGACUGUGAUUCUCUGGCAAUAUUGUGUCACAGUUUGAUUCACAAAAUGAGAGCAGAGACCGUGUCGUUAAUAACACACAGCAAAAAAACACUCAACAACACCAAGAAUACUCUGGUGAACAGAAAAACAAACCAGAAAAAAAAAAGAGAUUUUGAAUAUGCCAGACAUUGAGAUAUAAAACAAGGCACAAGUUGAAAUGAUCAGUCGACUAAUAAGAAAUAAAUAGCAACCAAAAACUGAGAUACUAAACAAAAGAAAGAAACUACACUCAACAGACAAUAACUGUGUUUCAGUUCAGAUGCUGCAUCCUUCGAAAGGCUUUAUCUGAAGAGCGACUGCAUCUCAGCAGCGGGAAUUAACCUCAGGUCGCUGUCAGUGCAGAUGCGCUGCAUGUCGCUACAGAGGAUUUUAUAACAGAGCAUUCAGAUUUAUACUCACUAUCAAACUAAGUGCUGGGUUUCAACCUAGCUGAACAUUUAAUGUUACAAAAACACUUAAACGUUGAUAUCUUACUAAAAUAUCUAAUGUAGUUUAUUAUGUAGAUAAAUAGAUCAAGGUGCACAUAUUUUGACAGGUUGUGUUGUUUUCAGACUGUUGAGUAUCACUUUUUUAAAAGUCCAGUACAAACAUUACUGUCCCUGAUCAACAGCAGCUGUCACACUUGCUAGAGGACAAGAGGGAUCCUCCGUAUGUCAGACUGUCCCAUUUAACAUCUCUUGUGGCCUUUCAAAAACUGUUUUAAGGAUGCAGCACCUAAAUUGGGAUAAAACAAAUGUGUUAUAUAAUGUUGCUGAUCACAUCGUUGAUAUACUAUACUUGAUAUAGUACUGUAUAUCAAGGUAAUAACUGACUUUAAAAGAUCUGAUGAAUAGCAUAAUAUAACUGAUGUGACCAACCAGAAAAAAAAAAAACCUUCAAUCAACAGUUGGCAGAGGAAUGGCAAAGGUGUUCUUUUGACUUUAAUUUAACUUUAACUGCUACUCUAUGAUGUACUGUAAGCAUCUUCUACAGGAGAACAGCUGAUUUGCUGUAGUAAGUAAAUGUUGUUUUAUAUCUUGUGGCAUUGUAACUGUAUCUGUUUAUCAUUUAAUGCCAAAAGCAACCUCUCUCCUGCUUUUUUUUAUUACAUUAUUUUAGUACUUUUGUCAAAUGACUAAUUUAUCUGUUAUGCCAUCCUCUUUGCUGUUGUGAAGUGAUUUUUAUGUUCUUUGGCAGUUCACACUUACACUCCCUGUUGGUGUUGCUGUUCUAUCAGUAACUGAUGAUUAAAAUCCCAAAUUAUAACUAAACGUUGAUGUUGUUCAGUUUCUGUGUGCUGUAUGAAUUAAUGUUUUUUGUAUGUCUUCUUCAGCUGUAUUUGAAGAGUAACUGUAUGUGUUCAGUUUACCCUAGAUUGUGUGAACACACACACACACACACACACACACACUUAGAUGAACUCUCAGAUAACAUGCAUCAGGUAAACGAAUAUUAGUUGUUUUUAUCAAGUCAAAUGAGAGUCAGUGAUUGUGAGUCACAAUACAGCAAACCUCAAAUACAGCUGCAAAGGCUUGAAAUAAACCUGUAUUUCUGCAUGAAUUUCUCUCAUCUGUUUGAAGGCAUUUCAAGAUUAAACACUUCAUGUCUCAGGU